CAAUCCUAUCCUAUCCUAUCCUAUCCUAUCCUAUCCUAUCCUACCCUAUCCCAAUCCCAGACCAUACUCACAGCCUUCCUACAAACCACGUUCACUUCUUACUUCUCCACCACAAUACAUACGAACCACCACCACCAACAACCACAACCCUUUUUUGAUUUUUUUGCUUUCGCCCUCGAUAAAAUUAUCCCUUUUAACGCUUCGAAAGAUUCGAUUUGAUUUGAUUUUAUUCCGGCGGGCCGAGAAAACAUCGGGACUGGUUUCAAUCUUCGACAGUACGUGGGUUCAUUGGAGAAAGGGAAGCAAACAAGGCAGGAAACAUUUGGAAGGGUUGCGAUAAGGUUACCGUAUAAUCAUGGAGGACUUCCUGCGGGGUAUGCAGCAAUCAACUCUCACCACCUCGGUUUUAUCCACAACGCCAACGUCGAUACCGAUUAUAGCUGGCGCUCAGGAAGCUCUUCGAGAGACACUACAACAAACGACUAGCCUUCAAAAUGCGGCAGCGACUGUUGCGACCAGUACGUCUAGCGACAAUGUUCAGCUCCAGUCCUCCAAUGAUUCGACGAUAAAUGGGGUGGUGAUAGGAUUAUUAAGUUCCUUUGGUUCGGCCAUCUUAAUAGCUUUUAUCUUCCUAAUUGUUUAUUUCUUCAAAUAUACAAGUAGUGGAAGGAUUUUACUGGAUCGGAUCGGAAGGCCGGGAGAAUACGACGAUGAACAGGCUUUCGCAAAGGAAGAGGCAGAAGCCUUGGAAGAAAUGGAUGAUUUACAAAGAACUGAAUAUUUGAGAGCCAAAGCAUUCGUACAAUCAAACCCACCCGAUUCAUUACCAACCGACAUUUCCCUCUCACAAUACUUGGCAAUUCAGGAGAAAGGUGUCUCCGCUUGGGAAUUUGAACCAGAGUUGGAGAUUGCCAAUUGUUUUGUAGAGGCUAGGACGGAAAUCGAAUUCUUCGAUAGCGAGUGUUGCACUCUGACGAAUUUACCGGUACCAAAACAGAACGAGGUUUACUAUUGGGAGUCGAAGAUUUACGAUAAGCCAGAAAAUACACUUAUUAGCAUCGGAGUGGCUACAAAGCCUUAUCCUCUGUUUAGAUUACCAGGGUGGCAUAAGUAUUCCGUAGCUUAUACAUCUACUGGACAUCGAAGAUAUAAUCAACCUUUUAGCGGACCGGUAUACGGACCACAAUACGUUCAAGGAGAUGUUAUCGGAGUUGGAUAUCGACCUCGAACUGGCACCAUAUUCUUCACUCGAAAUGGAAAGAAACUCGAAGAUGUAGCACAUGGUUUGAAAUCGCAGAAUCUUUUCCCAGCUGUUGGGGCAAAUGGUCCUUGCACAGUACAUGUCAAUUUUGGACAAUCUGGGUUCGUUUUUAUUGAAGCAAAUGUUAAGAAAUGGGGUUUAGCACCUAUGACUGGUAGUCUUGCUCCUCCACCUCCAUAUGGUAGCGAACAAGGAAGCAUUCUUUUAGAGGCAGGACGAGAAGGUGCACAAAGUAGUAAUGGCCAUUACCAACCCGACCCAAGACAUGGACGAACUCGAAGUGGAAAUUUUAGGCAUGGUCCACCUACAAGUCCUGGACCAAUACGAUCACCCACAGAUAUUUCUUUAGCUCAACUUACACACUUUCCUUCACACGAAGAACCCGGUGAGGCUUCGAAUAGUCCUACACCAGCACCUACAGGAAGUUCUACACAACAAAAUGGAUUGGGAGUACACGAUAAUGCACAACCUCCUCCAGAAUAUACAAGUCCUUUACCAUCAGUAGCAGGAAGUCCCCGAGGAAGUACAGAUAGUGAAAGGACGCCAAUGCUACGAAGAAAAACUACACCUCCACCAAUACCAAGUUAUAAUGAUGCAGUAGCACAAAGAAAUCAAAGUCAAAGCCAUCGAGAUAGAAGUGGAAAUCAAAGGGAAAGAAGUGAUAGUCAUCGAGCCCGAAAUGGUGAUGGAAACACUUCUCAAUCAUGACCACCUAGUGUAGAGUGAAUUUUCAGAAUAAAAGCAUAUGAAACGAGUAGUUUGAGAGAAAAUGAGAAAGAGGAAGUUUGAAUAAAGGCUUUUGGCAUGAUAUUGAUCAUGGGAUGGAUCACCGUAGUGAUGGUUUCUUUUGGGAGGUGGGAACUUUUUAGAUCCUGGAGUUUACAUAUGAAUAGCGUGGUGUGGUGUAGUUUCCUAUGUUGUUGAAUUGAAUUGAAGGAUGGCUCGGUGCAGUUUUGGUAUAUUCUUAUCCUGUCUUGGGUUGGUAAGACAAGGAAGGAUUUGGAGAUAGGUUGGGAUGGGUAGGAUGGGAGAAUUGUUUGGCUGGCGUAUUGGGUGUUUUUGGGUUAUUGGUGGAUGCAUGGACUCUUGAACAUAAGUUGGGAAAUUGGAGAAAGAAAAUUUUGAAGAGACAUUGAACUUGGUGGAAGGAUAGUUGUGGCAAGAGCGUUUCUUGGAAGUGAGAAGGGCGUGGAUGGAGGUAUGAGGUGAGAUGCGAUGAGAUGCGAUGAGAUACAUAGGAAGAGAUUGGAUUGGUGAUAUGGAUACUGAUUGUUAGGCGACUGAAUGAGUGGAAAGGGGUAAAAUGACUUGUGCAUAGGAUGGUCGUCGACGCAAUACAAAUAUAUGAAGUUCCUUUGUUAGUAUUAAAAUUCAAUAAAAACAAAUUAAAUUAAAUCGG